AAAUUUUCUAUCUUAGGAUAUUGAUCCGAACAAAUGAAAAUGGCUUCUAGUGCUCCAUCAGACUCAUCACGCGGCGGCGUGGACCUCGAACUUGUACCAGCCAGUGCCAGCUCUACUGCUGCCCCACAAACGGCUGCACAGGCAGUCUCCCUAGAAUCCGGAGCACUUCGUGGCAGCAACAGCUCCGCGACAUUUCCGCCACGCCCCGUAGCCGAAACCACACCAGCAAACAAGCAAGGCGGAGGACCCUCCAAAUGUUACACGUUCUUCAUGAUCGUAGCGUGGCUUAUUCUAGCGGUGAACCAGAUAUGCGCCAAUCGACGGUUUAUGCGCGUCCUAGGAUCGGACCCAAGCUGGAAGUUGUCUUUAUGAAGAGAAAUUUUCCUGGUUGCUUGUCUGACUAGGUGUAGGUGUAGAGAUGAGAAACGGUUCCGCAGAAGUGUCAUGAUUUAUAAAUUGUUGGACAACGAUGAUGUGGAGAAAUAUGUUGUCGCUGUGCUAAUUGUAGUCGAAAACAAGAAGUAUAAUCGUGGUCUUUGAUGAAUUUGAUGCGAAAAGUAAGUAAAAUAGAAUUUUCAUGCCUCCAGCCUUCCGUCGCACUUGCCGGGUCGUUCCUGCUGUGCUUGAUGCUGUCGCUUUUCACCGACCGCUUUCGUCCGCAUUUUCCAUGCUGCAUUGUACGUCUUUGGACGAAAUGCUGUGCCUGUCGUUUUCGACGAGGACAAACGCGAAGCAACAAGGGAGCACAGACCGUCGCGGACGACAAACGAGAGGAGCUUUUGAAGAAAGAGGGACCACCUACUUUGAGGAAUGACGCAGAAGAGGAAGAUCGUCAUGUUUUCGAAUUCAUUGAGCUCACGUCGAACAGGGGAUCGUCCACAGACGGCGAUCCUUCUUCUAGUACAGAAGUUGUGGAGCAGCAUCAAGCACCAACUCCACCUAGAAAAUGCGGUGCCGGUGCGUGGCGGGCCUACAUAAUUCCCGGAUUAGCAUUGCCAUUGAUCCUUGCGACUCAGAAAAAGGCAAACCAUUUGAACCCUGGCUCGCCCUGGCGAAUGGAGCCACUGCUGUGUUUGUGGGUUUUUUUGUAUGGCCAAUGGGUGAAGCGGAGAUCAGCGAUGGAAGUUAUGGAUGUUGUUUGAGUUGAUGCAAUUAAAUAGGCCCCGCGACAGUUUCGGAAUUCUGAUCUGGGCAGCAUAAGCAUUCCACUCCGUGGCCAAAUGCUAGAAUGCCAAUGACACUCCUGAGCUAUAAUUUACGAUAGCACUGGAAUCAUACUUACCAAUUCGUCUUGCCUUUGCACUCCUGCAGCACCUCCUCUAUAAGAUCCAAAGCAAAAGAAGCGCUCGCCAAGCAAGUGGCUCCUGCGCACGACCGCGGCAAGAAUAUCAAUAACUCCGCUAGUACCGAGGACGGCGCAGUACUAGAGAGCAGCACCAGGCUACAGCCAUCAGACUUUGGUGAGAUGUUCGUCACCGUGGAGUCUGCCGAUGAUCUGCUGAGUACUAGCUUUGACGUCAGCACGUCUACGUCUAGGACUGGCGAAGGAGCCGUCACGCCAUCCACCAUGAGAGGAAACUUCAUGCAGGGCUAUAGGAGACUAGUCGAUAGACUGAGUGCCCCGACGUUGAGCUAUGCUACCGUGCCACCGGAUGCUCAUUACGGCAGCUACAUGUUCUAGGAUUUCAUGUUCUAGGAUUUCUCCUGAGCAUCUCCACCUCUAACCUACAGCUCAGCAAGGGUCUUCUGGUGGCGCGCUACAACUCGAAAUGACUGACGUCAAUCAGAGCUCGAAGACUACAGCAACGCAAAGCGAAGAAAAGGAGCCAGGAGAACCUGCAGUCGUGCACAAAGAGACGAAGCGAUUGAGCUUUGUCGCCCUAGCUCUUGUCAUAGUUGGGGGUUUCGCGUCUGCCUGGAUCCAUCAUGAGAUCUCGAUCUUCCAUCCGCAGCAUCACAUUAUGGAGAUGGGAAGAAAAUUAUAGCUAAUCUACUAAAUUAUAGACUUUCUACUUGGGACGAAAAGUAUACAUUGAACCCCUUUCAUGCAAUAACACAGCGAGGAGUGGUCUCACGUUUUCGAGCGGACGGAGAAAGAUCUUGCGAUUUUACGCGAGGAAAAGCGGCGCCAGAGGGUCGCAGCCUAUUUCCGAAAGCGUGCGGCGCGCUUGGGGAGUCGGGGGGCUGAGGAUGCUGACGAGCUUCAACAAGUGGAGGAGAGCGAGAGUAACGCAGAUGAACAGCAGUUGGUUGAAAAUUCAGCUCUCAGCAAGAGUUUACCCAACAUUGGAGCAACGCGACUACAAGUCAGUGACUCGGACUCGCCAAAAAACCGUGGUCAUUCCUCGUCAAGAAAGGGGAUGCGUCGCUCAUCCUCCGACGUGAGUCUACAGGUAGCUGCUGCACGUGCAAGGCAUCAAGACGACGACUUAUUUGCGAACCAACUUCUACACACCAAUGCCAAUGCCAAUCCAGAACUGCCAAGAACAAUGCCAACCUCUUCCUCUUCCUCCCUCACAAGUAGAACCUCCACCAAGUACAAAAAGCGUACCAAGUCUGGCGCAAACUAUGAUUCUGGCUUAGAGGAUUCCGCCGAUCUGCAUUGGGGUGACCUCUCUUUCUCGGAUCCAGAGGAUUCCGAAGACGAGUCGGAAUUUGAGGCCUUCCAUUGGCAUGCGGCGGUUUUCAAGCACUUGAAGGCGCACUCCAGCAUCCUUGGCAUUUACGAGAUUGGCCCUCACAACGCAGAGUUCGUGGGCAUAGUUUUGGCGGUGAUCCAUUCGAUUUGCCAAGCAGUGUUUCUCGUAGCGUCAAAGAGUGCAUUGUCCACGUCGGCUGCGUUGCUGGCAUCGACGUCGGGGGGCGGGGUGGAGUUAUGUUGAUGGGUAGUGGAUAUUGGUAUUGCUAGCUAGUAUUCGGCAGCUGUUGAAGAAACAUCAACUAGACGUGGAAUUUGACUCUCACGCCCAUGAGCACUAGAAUCUAGAUUCAGAUCCACUUUAUUUACCACGAUCCGACUUGGCGCAGUUGUCUUUGUCAGAAUAUGACUCUUCAUCUUUGAGAUUACACUAUCAGUUUCUUGAUAGUCUAUGUCUAAGGUCCUCUACAUGCUUAUUUACCACGAACCUCUCUCCCAUAUCUCCCAUAUCUCCCAUACUUGUUUCAUCUCCCCAAGAGGGGCAAAACAAGAUUAACCUUCCUGGUCAAGGGUUCGCUACCUCUUGCUGGAUCGGGAUGCUCUUCAGCAUGUCGGUGGAUUGCGCCGUUUACCUGAACGAGCACACAGACGAGCAUUUAGAACGUCAGAUAACCGACUCCGCAGAGAUGGCAGGCACGAAAACACCGAAAGGAGGAGGACUAGGUAAAGGAGGAUCUGCUCGUGGUGGGAGUGGUGGAGGAGGAGGUCAAGGAGGAUCUGGUGAUGGGAGUGGUGCUGGCUCAGGUGGAAGCGGAGGCGCUUCUUCGAGCAUGUUGAAGCGCCUAGGUAGCGUAAUGAAGGCUGGGAGGGAAAAGGGUGCAAUAACACCUUUGACUUCGAGUCGUGGAGUCACUACAACAGGUACGUCUGCUGCUUCUAGUAGUCAUCUUCGUUCGGGGAUGUUGAAAAGUACCCAGAGUAGCGCUGGAGCCGGACCUCCAGGUGCGGCACGACAGGUUGCAAUGCAUAUUCAAGAUUCGGCUCUAGUUGACAGAUUUGCUACAGCCUCUUCUAGUACAAGACCGACACCUUCCAAGAGUGAAGAUGGCGCACCAGCUGCAACUGUUCCUGCGUUGUACGGUGCUGGAAAUGCUCCAGAAGCAGGGGCGGCACCUCCAUCAGCAUCUCCAUCUGCCUUUGAAGUUGUCCCACCACCUCCACUGCGACCUCUAGCGCGACGUCAGCACGUUUCCAGUGCCUUUCAGAGGAAUUCCAAAGUCUCUUCUCUUGCGAUGAGAGACGACGAUAGCGACGAUGGAGCAGGUUCUUCAGGCGGAUUGAAUGAGCCGGGAGGAGAAGAAAGACUUGAACAACUUCCACCGCAGAAGAUGAACCAAGACCAACAAGAAGUAGUAGAGGGCCCUCUCCUCGUGCAACACCUGCCGCAACAAGAUGGCCUAGAAGAUCGUCCUCUUGAGCAACCUGACGAUUGGGUGGAUUUGCCGGGAGAAGAGGAAGAUCUUGCUGGAACCGGCUUGCCUGCAAGAAAAAGCUGGGAGGAGAGUCAUGGAGGAAUCUACUACGAUGUGGGCGGAGAAGAUGUAGCAUCGUCACGGCUGAGGGAACUUGUUGCUGAAGAAGAUGUUGUGGACACCUCAUCGCAAACCGGCGCGACAAGUAGGCCUCCCGCAGCAGCUACAGCAGGUCGAAGGAUCAACCCUUUUACUGGUAAACCCGUGGGCUCAUCCGGGGCUCCUGCAGGCUCUUUUGGUUCAUCUCGCACUCAUGCACAAGAACCUUCACCAGCGUUAGUACCAAUAGGUAGCACAGACGGCCUAGCCACCACGACGUCUGCUCUUACAAGUUCAACAGGUAGUGCCGUUAAAAACCCAUUCCUACCCGGCGUAGGUAGAGGAACUCGCCCAAAGCCUGGCGGCUUAUCGAAGUGGAAAGUAGUGCAGAAAGCCAUGGCCGAAGGAGAUUUGACGAAGAAAAAACAUGCGGAGAAGGUCAGCGAUAUAGUUGAGCAUCUGAUACAGCAGAAGAAAGCAGAAAAACAAAACAAGAAGAUGUUGAAUAGUGCUAGUCCUAAAGCGGGAUCUGCACCAGCUGCUGUUGCAUCUGGGGGACCACAAUCAUCUUCCCAAACCUUACAUUAAGGGUUGGAAGUUGACCUAUCAUCUAAGAGCACCUCUAUGGCUUCUUCAAGUAGGAAAGCCAUAGAUAUGCGAGCUAGAGAUGCCAACUCUCAGCCUCUAACUAGAGUUGUCAGCGCAGUCAUCUACGGAACAUACUCUUCAGCAACAUCAAGACGCAUCUUCCUCAGCGACUCCUGGUGGAAAUGGCUCUCCUAGCUCUCCUGAGGACGUGGAUUCGUGGACACAUUUCCGGCACUGGAUACGCUAUUACCUCCUCGACUGGAUGUGGAUGACAGGACAUGCGAGUGUGGCUUCUUCUGUUAUGCUUGAAAAGGGGACAGAUAUUGAAGUGAGAGCAGGAGCACGACAGCUACACACCUUGUAGUUGAUGCCUUACCGAGACCGACUCUGACUCUGAUGUAGUAUAAGUGAGUAGGAACAAUACACGACUCGGCAACCUGAAGCGGUCUACCUCUCUCUUCAACCUCCUUACCUUCUAACUCUCUCUUCUUGAUCUUCUUCUUCCAGUAUGCUGCGAAGUUUUGGCUUGUCAACACCUUGGACAUGCUGAAUAUGACCAUAGUCGAAUCCUUCAAGAUGAUUCUCACAGUGAUCUUGGUCACCUUGUUUCUCACGCCGAAGGCUGCUACUAGUGGUGGAGGCCGCUCAGGUGGAGAAGUUUCUGGGAGUGCAGGAGCGGCUGGCGGGUCGUCAUCGGCGGAAGAGGAAAAAGGUACAGCCAGUUCUUCUAGUCUUAUCACUUGUUUUCGUUUCUGCUGCAUCGUCUCUCAUAUGUUCAUGCUAUUCCAAUCACUUAUUUCCCAUCUUCUCACCCCAAAAAUUUUAGAUUACUUCGUCGUGUUCCAACAGCAACUGCAAUAUCAUCCUACUAAUGGUUGUUCCAUAUGUAGUUUAUGCUAUUCCUAGUUGUUCCUUUAUUUUCAGCCGGCGUCGUCUCCGAGUUGCAAAUCCUAGCGUGCAUGAUCACGGUUGCCGGUGGUGGCUUGUUCAAGAUUGCAGAGCACUAUGAGAAAAUGAUCCACACGUUGCACCAUGAAAAGAACGCAGUCCGUUUGGAAAAGACCGCACUGCAGAGACAGAGAGAUGGCCUUCAACUGACCUUGGAGACAUUGGCGGAUAUUGCGACCAGAUCGAAACAAGCGAGUUAUGAAUACAUGCCCAGAAAGCGGGCCCAUCAAGGGCCCGCUGCGCUGGGCAUAGGUUAACAACUAGACAGGUUGACUACUAAGAGACAGAAAGACAAACGAAAAAAGCCGCCAAGUCUGCUCGCCAAGGCUGGGAAGCUGACUCCCACUGUGGCGAGGCUAGUGGGGAGGCUACCGCUAUGGCAGGCUACUGCCUUGGCCGACUUGCUUGCUAAGAGCAAGCCAAUGGGCGCCAAGGCUGGCCCGCUGAGCGUCAUGGAGUCCAUGAGAAGGCCACGCCUGGACAUAUCUAUGUAGGCACAGAGGUUGGGCCUUUUUGAGUGUGAUCAUGUCCAGGAGAAUCCUGAAGCAUAGCAUACCCAUGGGAUGGCAAAAGGCUGACACUGGCGAGCGUCAUGGACGAGGCCCAUGAGAAAGCCACGCUUGGGCAUAUCUAUGCGCAGAGCCAAGAGCUGGGCCCCAACCUUCAGGCGCGGGGAUGUGUCUAUAAGGUUGGCCGUUUCAUGGACAUGACACAAGACGCCCACCACGGUCCGCGCCUCAGACAUGCAAUGGCCCACAGUUAUCAUCCUCACACACAGGCAUCGACGGAGAUGCAUGCGCCUGGCCUUCUCAUGGACAUGAUGACGCCCGCCAGGGUCCACCCUUAUCCACUUUCUCACAGACAUCGACAUCCUCAACGGCUUCGACUUUCGCAGGCAAAUCUGUAGACCUUUGGCCCUCUCAUGGAUAUGAUCUGACGACGCUCACCAGGGUCCACCCUUCAGACACGCAAGUGCUCAAGGCUAUCACUCUCACAGACAUCGACAUCCUCAACGGCUUCGACUUUCAAACACAGAGAUGUACAUCUUUGGCCUUCUCAUGGAUAUGAUGACGCUCACCAGGGUCCACCCUUCAGACAUGCAAGUCCUCACGGCUAUCAUUCUCACAGACAUCAACAUCCUCAACGGCUUCGACCUUCACACGCAAACUUGCACACCUUUGGCCUUCUCAUGGAUAUGAUGAUGCUCACCAGGGUCCACCCUUCAGACACGCAAGUGCGCACGGCUAUCAUUCUCACAGCCAUCGACAUCCCCAACGGCUGCGACUUUGAAGCGCCGCGAUGUAUGUCUUUGGCCUUCUCGCGAAUCAAUAUGAUCACGCUCGUCAGCCUCUGCCUUUUCAAGUGCUCACCUUCUCCCUUACAAUUCUCCCGCUUUUGUGCUGGUUAGAAGUAGACUGGUCAACCAUCUCCAAGGGCUGCCGCGCGCUCCUGUGGUGUGCCGUGGUCGAUUGCUGUGCGCGGAAGGUAGUCGCGGAAGGGGAGCGAGCUAACUUUUUUCCAAAAACUUCAGGGAGGUCGUUCAGUUUUCUCUGUAUUUGAAUGACCUCCCUGAAGUUUUUGAAAAAAAGCAAAGGCGUCGGGCGAUAUAUGACAAGGGUAGCGGUUGGAAGUUCGUCGGGGCGAUUCGCUAGGGGUGGGCGCGUAGUGUCUUGCUGCAGAUGUGGCUGGUGUACGUGAGUAGCCUACAAACUAACAGCCGCGAACACGUUGGCACGUUCUUGACACUUUUGGACUCGUAGCACUAGCAAGGUCCUUAAGGAGCCGCUGUUAUUAGCCCAAGUUUAUAACAGCUUGUCCUUAAGGGACCUCCUUAAGGGAAUUUUUUUCUUCUUAAGGAAAGUUAUAAUAACUUUUUAUAAUAAAAAUUCCUUAAGGAAACUGAUUUCCUUAAGGAAGCGCCUUAAGGAAGCUCCUUAAGGGAGCUCCUUAAGAGAUUUCUGGGAAUUGCUAAUACUAUAAAUACUAAUAUUCUACUACUACUACUGCUGAAGGAGUGAGACAAGCACUUUCCUUCCUAGAUCAACUUACUUACUACGAGGGAUCAUUCCAAUUCCGACAAUGUUCUUCCCGUGACUUAUUGCUGUUCUGCUCUAAGCCAAAGGUUCCGCGAUGUCGAUUCCUCGAGGCAGCAUUGCAUCUAUCGCCCCAGGGGGAACGUCUACUAGUAUGCCGAAGGGUCGCGAAACCAAGGCCAUUGAAGAAAUCGAAAUGACAACUACGGGAAUUUCUUCAACUUUUCACGACACGACAGGCGGGGGGACAGGAACAGGAUCAUCAGGAGGCCGUUUAAUAGAAGGACAACAUAAGCAAGAUUUCUCUUCGUCCUGUGAUUAUAGAAGUGGUGGAGAAAUAGAGUUGGAUGAACUAAGUAGUCGAGGUAGAGGCAGCGUCACAACACCAGGCGGUACAAGUUGUGCUGGUCAAUUGUUGCUGGAAAUGGACGACAUGACGGGGUCUGGUUCAAGGAGCAGCAUCGGUAGUAGUUCGUCGAGCUCUGCAUCUACUGCUCGUCGAAGUAAGAGUACUAACUCAACAAAAAAGACCGCGAACAGGAGUAAGGACGCGAAACCGACAUCGAGCUUUCUAAUAGAGUAUGCUCAUGCCUAGGAUGAGCGGAAGACAAAGGAGCACAACACGUAGAAAAAUCCGCCUUUGGAAGAAUUUACUGUGAGCUUAGUGCGUCGAUACAAACUACACCAGCAGUAUUACUAGCACAAGUAGUAGUAUGUUCAUGAAAAUGUAAAAUGAAUCGAUUGAAUACCUUCAGAGCUAGGACGAAAAUGUCGAGAUGGCAUUAUGUUGAAUCUGAUCUCAGUGAAUGCAGGGACAUCAGAAGAAGAUCGUCCGCAAAUUUCAGGCGAUGCUUGCGACUAAAG